CUUCCCGCCCGCCUUCUCUCGCCCAGCCCCGCCGCCCGAGCGAAGCGCAACUUUCUUCGCCCCGGCGCGGCGUCGGAUCCGCGCGCUCUCCCGCCAACGGGGCUUCCCCUCCUCGGCUCCCCGACGCCCCUCUUUUCUGCCCUCCUUCCCACCCACUUCCUCCCCGCCUCCUCCUUUUGAUCUUCGCGGGUCUCGCCGCGCUCCCGCUGCCCCCUCUCCCCAAUUUGCGGAGGGCGCCUCCCCCACAAGACUUUCCUCUCCGGGCGCCCCCUCCAACCUAUGACCGGCUAAACACCUGGCGGCUGCUUUCUCCCCGCUCCCUCCCCGCUUAGCCCAUCUCCUCCGGGGGUUCCGCCCCCCAUCCCUAUCGCGCCCCCUCUAUUCCCUCCUCGCAGCCCCUCGGAGUUUGCCCGCCCCUUCCAGCCCCCCAACUUCUGCCCCCUCGGCCGGCGUUGCUGCUGCUGCUGCUGCUGCCGCUUGUCCCUCCGCGCCGCGCCCGGCCCCGCUGCCCUCCUCCUCCGGGACUGAUGAAGGCGGCCGGCGGCUCCGAGGGGGCGGACGGCGACGGGGCGGACGGCGAGCGGGAGCCGUUGAACCCCGAGGCCUCGGAGACGCUGGGCGUCUCGGCCACGUACCGCGAGUUCGUCCGUCGGAGCUACCUGGAGCUCAUGAGCGCCAACCAGCACUCGCUGCAUGCGCUCAACUGGCGCCGCCUCUACCUCAGCCGGGCCAAGCUCAAGGCGUCCAGCCGCACCUCGGCGCUGCUCUCCGGCUUCGCCAUGGUAAGGAGAGACCCCACGGUUUGGGAAGGAUGGAGCCCGACCGGGGGGGGGGGUUCCCGCCCAGCCUCCGCCAGGCCCCCCGGGGCGCCCUCCUUCUACACACACGAGGUUUUGGUCUCGCAGCGCCCGUCCCGUCCAGGGCUGGUGGGAGCCGCAGUCCAGAGCGCGUGGAGGGCGCCAGGUUGGCGAAGGCUACUCUGACAUUCCUUGGCGCGGGUUGGACUGGAUGACCCUCGGGGUUCCCUUCCAACUCUACACUGCUGUGAUUCUAACCCCAAACUUGGCUGUUUUUUGGACUAUGACUCCCACCAUCCCUAGUUAGCAGGAUCUGUGGUCAGGGAUGAUGGGAAUUGUAGUCCCCAAACAGCUGGAGACCCAGGUUUGGGAAACUCUGCUGUAACUGUGCUUCCCCACUCUACCCCACCCCAGCCAAGAAAUAACCCAGACCUGCUGAUCCACUGGCCGUAUAAUGCUUCCUAACUGAGUGCAUCCCUCACAUUGCCCAGAGAACACAGAAGCAACAGCUCUUGUUCCAGGGAUGUAACCACUAGGCACUGUGCUCACUUUCUGAAGAACUUAUGGGCCCUGCUUCCUUUUCACACCUGGCUAAGCCUGCUUACGGUUUUCUCCUCCAAGGAGAACCUGGACAUCUCACUCCACUAACCACUGGUCAUUUCUUCCCUUGUCGCAGAUAAUCCUAGUACAUUAACUAUUGCAAACUUCAAUCUCCUGCCUCACUCCUUGGCUUGUGGUUCAAGGAGUGAGGUGCUUCCUAGAGUGAUGAAAAGAGCCUAGGAGUUUUGACCAAAAUCUACUUUUUUUGUAAAACAGGAUCAGGUCUUUCCAGAGCGGAGAGUAGAGAGCCAGUGUGGUGUAGUGGUUAAAAGCGGUAGUCUCGUAAUCUGGUGAACCGGGUUCGCGUCCCUGCCCCUCCACAUGCGGGUGCUGGGUGACCUUGGGCCAGUCACACUUCUCUGAAGUCUCUCAGCCCCACUCACCUCACAGAGUGUUUGUUGUGGGGGAGGAAGGGAAAGGAGAAUGUUAGCCGCUUUGAGACUCCUUAAAGGGAGUGAAAGGCGGGAUAUCAAAUCCAAAAUCCAAGCGGUUCCACGCAGGACACUUGAGGAGAAGUUAGGUGUGGUCCCCCCAUUAUGGUCGAUUCUUCUUUCUCUCUCUCAUCCUCACUUAUCCUUUCCAAAAUAGGGUGGAAAGCUUGAGAUGGUUUCAGCCUAGUGGCCCUUCUGUGCGGCUGUUGUUCAGCUGCAGUGAGCAUGUAGGAACAGGGCCCGAUCCUUGCAAGAGAAGACAGAUUCCGGAGUGCUGACUUGCCGCUGAGCUAAAAAACUAAGCCACCAGCUGGGGAACGGAUGUCGAUUUGGAGAGAGCCCUCAAAUCCCUCCUGCCUCUUCUCCUCGCAAACAGAUCUGCAAACAACCCCAAAGAGUCUUGCGGCAUUUUAAAGGCCAGAUCUUUUGUUGUGGCACAUGUAGUUCCUCCAGAUAUUGGGUGGUGGUUGGUUUUGUUUUGCUUUGUUGUUUUGCAAGUGUAAAUAUGCCAUGGAUGCAGUGAUGGCACAUUAGUGAUGGGUUUAAACUGUAGUGCCCACGCUUCUUCCUGCUUCAUUAUUGCCAUCUGGAGGUGCAUUCUGAUGCUAUAGUACAAAAAAUCCACCCCAGAACAUUUUUGGAAUAAAAAAAAGAAAAUACACGAUUCCAUCAGGAAGUUGUGGGACAUUUACUGACUUGAAGCAGUAUGUCCGCCCUGAAAUGUUCAAAGGGCCCUAAGUGUAUCUGACUGUGUCCCCAAAAGCUUAUGCCGCAAUAAGGCUGUCUUUUGAAGUGCUUAAGAAGUUGGUGUGUGCUGUAAUGUGACUGGAAUUCAGAUCCUGGGUGUCUUGGAAAGGGAUCUGUCUUUCCCACGUAGUUUGAAAAUACUCUCUAGACUUAGAUUUAUGUUCCUUGUCAUGUGACUUUGCAUUUUGGAGCCAUCUCAAACCUCCCUCUCUCAGUUCUUCUCCACAACUCUCUGCUCGUAGGGCUUAACCUCAGAACUCCAGGGAUUCUGCCACGCAUCAGAAGUAGAGAGGGUGUCUGAGCAUGCACAGAGAACCCCUCAAUCCAAGUUAACCGCAAAAUUGUGGCUCCCCUGCAUUUCACUGAAUGCUUAGAAUUGCCACCUUUGACCCCAGCAUAUCAUGUAAAAUAAUUCCCAUUACAGUGGCAGCUCGGUUUUCGAAUGUCUUUGUUGACGAACAUUUCGGAACUUGAAUGGUCUUCCGGAACGGAUUAUGUUCAAAACCCGAGGUACCACUGUACUUAAAAAAAUAAAAUAAAAUACACAUCCCACAUUUUCUUCCAAGAGCCUCCCCAACCCGUUUCACAACAGCCCUGUGAGGUGGUUUAGGCUUCGAGAGAGUGACUGGCUCAGAGUCACCCUGCAGGACUGAGUGGGGAAUUGAACCCUGCUCUCCUAAGAAGAGCCCUGUGGCAGAAUCAGGCCAGAGGCCCAUCUAAAUCCAGCAUCCUGUUCACACAGUGGCCAACCAGACAUUGCCUAUGUGAAACCCACAAGCAGGAGACAUGACUCCAAUUGUCAGGCCGGCCCUACCAUUAGGCAGAGUAAAGCAGCUGAUUUUUGGGUGCUGUGGACGGUUUCUUGUUACUGUAUUUUGCAGCCAAGAAAGAAGAGAACCACUUGUGGGCUUUUCUAUCUCCGACGAUAAGCCUGACCAGCUGUGUGCCUGAAUCUCUGUGUGGGUGACACCCUACAUCAAACUCUCUUGGGCCCAUAGCCCGCUUGCCAGUCCACAUUGCCAGUGCCUCAAAAAUUAGAUGCAGAGCUGGGUUCAAAACCUGCUCUGCAAUUCCUAAUGGUCAUUAUACAGCCCUUGUUGUUUUUAUUAUUUAUAAGCACCUACAGAUUGGCUCCAAAUGAGCAUAUGCAGUGAAUUCAGUGAAUUGGAGUGUGGAGUGCUGUGCAUUGCAUUUUCUCAAAGCAUCCUUCUUUGAUUUUUUUUUAACCUUGCCCCUGCUCCCCUCCCGCCACCACCAGAAUAAUAUAGAUAUAUGUUUAACUGAGAACAGGAUUGCUUAGAAGCUUCUUAAGAGACACACUGAGUGUGUAACAAAUGUCUUACUAAUUCCAGACAGAACUCCCAGAUAUGAAAAAUGCACAAUUGGGUGAAGACAGCCUGGGGAUAUUUGCUUACAGGCAAAUGAGUGCCUUGGCCAAUGUUUCAGCCUGUUGAUUGCCAAAAGAGGCAGGCAAGGUUGGUGGGAGAGGGAAAUGGGACAGGAAAUUAAAAUUAAAUUAUACAGAUGGACAACUAUUCGGGGGCAGGGGGAACAUCUAAAGGAAGAUGCCCAUGUACGGUAGUUUGGCGCCUCUGGUUUUAAAAUGUGCAAGUUCAGGCUGCUCUUUGCAACCCAAACACUUACAGACCUUUUUUUUUUUUUUUACUUUCUGGUGACCCAAAACUCUCGUUUGCUUCCCCUUUUCUCCCUUUCACAUGGAUUCUCCUGGAAUUAAGCAUCUCAAAUGCGGUUUAAACUUCCACUUUGGGGUGUUUCGUAAGUGGGGCAUACAGCACCACCAUUUGGAUAGAGUUUAACAUUCUGGUUUUACCACAAAGAAGGAUGCAAAGUUGGACAAAAUAUUGUGUGUGUGUGUGUGUGUGUGUGUGUAUUUAGUGUUUGUUUGUGUUUAAAAAACAAAAACAGCAUGCAGUUUAAAGAUCCUCCUCUCAUUGAUAUGCUGCCCUUAUGAAAAUAAUUGCUUCUGGUCAGAAGGGAAUUAGACUGUGCAUAUACUUAGAAGCAAUGUGUUUUUAGGUCCCUUAGAGGGGAAAAUGCAACAACAACCUUCUUAAACUCCUUUUCCAAAGGAAACGCACUCUGUACAUGCUCAUGGACGUGUUGCCUUGAGGUAUUUUGCAGGGUGAGAGAAAGGCAUUCUACCUAGGACUGGAAGUGCUUGGCUUAAGAUGCCGCCAUUCUUCAAUAGUUGUAAAUACAGCCUGUAUAGUUGGGGACUCGCAACAAAAUGUUGCAGCGUGAAGUGCUCCUGAUCCAAAGCCACUUGCACACAGUUAGCAUUCUGUAUCUACUUGGCAUGGUCAGCCUCUCAAGGUCCCCACCCCAACUGAUUUUCUUAGAAAGCUUUUGAUGUCUGGCUCUUGUGGGUGGGUGGAGAAGCAGUGACACACACAGCCUGAACAUCAGAAAUAGAAGGACUGAAAACAGGAUGGUGGUGAUAUGGGGAUGAUUACACACACAUGCGCUGUAUCUGAUUGAAGUUUCCGCUCUUAAAACCAUGCUGUUGGCAUUAGCGGUUCUUGCAUGGACCCAGCCUUUAGUUCCGGGCUCCGGACGAUUUUCUUCUGCUUUCUUUUCUUCCUGUGAUCCCGGGCCGCCCAUCCCAUCCAGCAGAUUCUGGCUUUCUCCCACCUUAGGUAAACUUACUUUCAAGAGCGCCACACCCUAUAUCCUGUAGGCUCCUGCUUGCAAUUCAAAACCCAGCAGCAUCUGCAAAAAAAAAAGGGGGGGCCAUGAACUAGUUCCUUUUAAAUAAAUCAUCACUAGAACAUCAGUGCACAAAAUGCUUGCAUAUGUAUCUGUGCUUGAGGGUGUGUCUUUAUUCAUUCCUUGUCCUUCCGUUUUGAACCCGGGGUCCCUGUGUGACCAUCAGUCCUUUCAACUAUCACCAAAUACUUCCUCCCCCAGCAGAGCUCCCUAUCUCUUGCCUUUUUCAGUUGUCGUUAAUAAUAAUAAUAAUAAUAAUAAUAAUAAUAAUAAUUUAUACAUACAUACAUACAUACAUACAUACCCCGCCCAUCUGGCUGGGUUUCCCCAGCCACUCUGGGCGGCUUCCAACAAAAUAUUUAAAUACAAUAGUCUGUCAAACAUUAAAAGCUUCCCUAAACAAGGCUGCCUUCAGAUGUCUUCUAAAAGUCUGCUAGUAGUUGUUCUCUUUGACAUCUGGUGGGAGGGUGUUCCACAGGGUGGGUGCCACUACCGAGAAGGCCCUCUGCCUGGUUCCCUGUAACUUGGCUUCUCACAGCAAGGGAACCGCCAGAAGGCCCUCAGCGCUGGACCUCAGUGUCUGGGCAGAACGAUGGGGGUGGAGACGCUCCUUCAGGUAUAAGGCUAUUGCACAUACGGAGCACAUCGUGUGUACUUUCUCCUUUACAACAACCCUGUGAGGUGGCAGGGCAGCAUGAUGGUAACUGUGUAAAUAACCCCACGAAAGUCUGUUACUUUGGGGGGGGGGGGAGAGAGGCCAUGGCUGAGGGGCAGAGCCUCUUCCUCUGCAUGCAGAACCUCCAGCAUCUCCAGGGAGCUUCCUUAUGCCGGCCCAUCUGCCUCAGUACUGUCUACACUGACUGGCAGCUUCUCUCCAGGGAUUCUGGCUGACGUUUUCCCCAGUCCUGUCUGGAGGAGCCAGGGAUUGAACCCAGUGCCUCCUUGCAUGUUCUACCACUGAGCUGCAGUCCUACUGCUUCGCUAUAUGGCUGUAAUAUGACCCCCAUAUUUCGCCUGAAUGAAUGGGCAUAUCGCACAGAUGGCUUGAACUGAGGUAGUUAGCUGAUGCCCACGGCGAAAUUGGCUGCAUGGAUUUUUAACGCAGCCGGAUCCUAGGUGUGUCUACUUGGAAAUACAAUCCUGAGUCCCAUGGGGUUUAUUUUCCCAUUGCAAGCGUAGAUGUGAAGGGUGCUCCUAUGUCUCCUCCAUCUGUUCCUUCCUAUUGUGGUUGCCCUCGCUCGUUGUCCUUUGCCCUGGCCCCAAAUUGGCCCGUUUUAAAAGGCGCUUUCUCUACCUGCAUUAAGGUGCCAGACUUUAUAAACUGCGGAGUUUUGGACUUUUCUAAUCCCCACUUAGGCGCAAAGCUGACCUCCAGAUGGUCGUUCCAGGCCCAACCCACCUCGCAGGGUUGUCGCAGGAGUAUAGCAGCAGGGGCGUGGGGCCUGCGUACCCGAGCCGGCCCAGGUUCCCUUGAAAGGAGGGUGGGCUUGAAAGGGAGAAUGCGCAGUGCAGGCCUGGCGCAUUUAGAUUCCCUGCCUCUUUGGCCAGCCAGGUCCCAAGGCAAGACUGCAUUCCGCACGGCGUGAUCUCAUUUGCUUGUAACCAAAGCAACAGGGGGAGCUUAGUCAGGGAAGGGAGGAUCUGAGAAGGGAGACCGGCUGCAAGGCCUAUUUCAGGACCAGUUUUUUGGGGUGGGGGAGCUUGUGAAACGCAACGCGAAGAAGGUUCUUCUCUGACGGGAGCGCCAUUUGGUUUGGGGGUGGCGGCGUGGGGUGGGCAGAUUGGAAAUGGAAGACUGGUGGCUAAGAUGCCUGGGCUUUGAGGUGGAGAAGUCUUGAGUUCAAAUCUCGCCUCUGCUUAGGCAAGCUGCCACAGUCCCUCACCACCUGCCCUGUAAUAUGAUUGGCCGGGGGGAGAGCGGGGAAGGUCACCGGCUUACCUAGCAAGGUUGUUGUAAGGAUCCCUGUGAGGCCCUCUGAGUGCACCCAGAGCUUCUUCUGUCCUGCUUUGUUUAUGAACGGGGACCUUCUCCCAUAGGGGGCUGAAUCGCCAGUUUAAGGUCACCUGGAAAUUGGGGGUCACGGCAGAACCGACUUCCCACAUACUUCCGGGCAUGUCUGUGGCCUGCACCUCUCAUUUUCUGAAGCAAUUUGAGGGGCUUCUAGCCUAGUCUUGCUUGGGAGACGAUGUAUGACCCUGGUGAGUGUGCCUUACACAUAAAAUUUGCCUCAGAGGUGCGCAAACACUUUUGGCUUUGGCUUCCCAGGAAUGAUGGCAAGGCAAAUGUGCAUUGGGGGCUCUUUGCUUUUUUGCUUCUGAGUUUCCUAGAGCUUGUGAACAGGGCGGCUGCUGGCAGGAGGCCCUCACUGGGCUGCAGGAGCCAAGAGUUGAACGCUUGGUCAAAAUCCCUCAGUGACCCUGUGUGCCUGACUGAGCCGAUAUUCUGGGUUUCUCGGCCAGUCGCUCUCAAAAGGGACCUCCCAACGAGGCUCAGAGCGGGUGUGGGGAACUCUGGCCAUGAGCUUUGUCAUUUGGAUCACUCUUAAAGCAGGAAAUCCUGGGAGCCAAAGGGCAGCAGGAGUGUGGUGUAGUGGUUAGAGCAGGGAGCUGCGUGAGGGAGCCUCCUUUCCUCCCCUCCAAGCAAUGCACAACAUUUGCUGCAGAUCCAGCCGUAGCUUUCUUCUGGGCCUAGGGCAGGGGUAGCCCAUGGAGUUGGACUACAAUACCCAUCACCCCCCGACUUUGUGCGGAUGGGAGUUGGGCGAGGGCCCAAUGACAUCUGGAGGUUGCCAUGUUGGCUAUCCCUUAGCCAUACCUCUCCUGUCCGUCUUCCUCACUCUGCACGUGGGAGGCACUCUGCAUAUGCUCAGAGGCACUUGUUAGGGUCCAAGGUUGAGUAGGCUACAGCUGCUGCCACCUAGCCAGCAGUCCUGCCCCCGAAGCUAACAAGCAGCUAUCGGGGUUUUCUCAGGUUUGCACAGCUGUUAAUAUUCAAUUAUUAAAACAUCGUAAUGUGUUUCCAGUGGGUGUGGAGAGGCGUUUAGAUGAGGCUCCCUUUCCUUAGUCAGUGGUUCUCAAAGGAGAGGGUAGCAAGUGCAGGGGGAAGAUUCAAGGACAAUCAAAGAAACAUUUCAGUGCAGUAUAGUAUCAAUAUAUAUAUAUAUAUAUAUAUAUAUAUUGCGGGGGGGGGGAUAUACAGUCGUACCUUGGAUCCCGAACUCCCUGGAACUUGGAUAUUUUGGCUCCCAAAUGCCGCAAACCGGGAAGUGAUUGUUCCAGUUUGUGCAUGUUCUUUUGGAAGCCGAACGUCUGACGGGACUUCGAUGGCUUCUGAUUGGCUGCAGGAGCUUCCUGCAGCCAAUCAGAAGCCACGAUUUGGUUUUCGAACGUUUUGGAAGUCAAACGGAUUUCUGGAAUGGAUUCCGUUUGACUUCCAAGGUACGACUGUACAACCAGAAACUACCCAUGCGCCUCUUCAAGAGCAAUUGGCUAUUCUUCCACAGUUCUCCGCUGCAUAUUGCUGUGAACAGGGAUUUUCAAGUCUGACAAAUAUGAAAGAUCAGAAAAGAGAAAGGCUUCUUUGUGUUGAUGAGGAAACGAGAAUGGGAGUCUCAUAUUAGACCUAAUAUAAAUGAGAUUACCCGGCAAAAGCAAGCUCACACCUCUCACUGAGCUUGUAUACAUACUUAAAGUACCUAUGUAAGAGGCUCGUUCAUAAUUAUAUUUUGGCAGUGAUUCAUGUUCUUAUGUAGCAGCCUCGUUUUAUACUUUAUGAUCAUAUUAUAAAGUAGUUGUGUUCUCUGUUGAGUCCAAGCACUGCUAGGAGUUGCUUCUUUUUGUUUUCCAAUGCCUUUCUUAUUAAUAAAAAAAUCAGGGCAGUGUCAGCCCCUUUUUAUUCCGAAUGUGGCCCAGAGGGGGGAGGGAAUGAGAACCACCGCCGCAGAAAUAAAAUUCAUGCUCUGCACAUGCUCUUGAGUCACUGCAGCUUUUUGGGGGCCAGGAUGUUUGAGAAGAAAAUAGAGAAAUAGAGCCUGGUCGUUGGAGGGCCAGGCCUUGCAGUAGCAGACUGCAAUGGGGGGGGAGGGGAGGCGUUUGAACCCUGGCUGUGGGUCCCCCAUCCCUUCCCCCCUGACUUUCCAAUUCCUCCCAUUCAUUCCCUGUCACCUCCAGCUGAGUCUGUGGCACGUGCUGCCUCAUAGGGCCCUUGCCAGCCAGCUGUCAUCACUCGGUUUAAUGUGGCCCACUUUCUGAAAAUAAGCCCUCGGCCGCCACCACCUCCCUUUCAACGUAACUUGACUCAGGGCUUCGAGGUCGGAGGGGGUUAGUUUGCGGUGACGCAGCAGCCCCUCUUGGGGUUACUUUGGGGAGGUUUUUUAAGGACACGCUUCAGUUUGUUUGGAGGGGCUCCCCCAUAUCUGGGGGGGGGGGGGCUCCUUAAACCUCUUGCUCCUCCUUUGCUUCCCAGGCUGUGGAAAACUCUCUUGCUGUGGGUUAAAUCCUUCCUUCCUCUGCCAUUCCCUCCCUCUCUCUUUCCUCUGCCCCCCAAACCAAUCCCCAUUCUCUGGGGAAACUGCCAAGGCCCUGGGAUCCUAGCCAGAGCUGGAACUGUGAACAAAUGGGAAUAUGGGAAACUCCCCCCCCCCCGCCAUCCCUGCAAAGGGUCCCACUGCCAAGUGGGAGUUUAGCAGGAAUGCCGCUUCUAAGGGCAGCUAUGAUGGGUCUCUGCCUCAGCCGCUGAAUUGUGUGUGUGUUGCCGUGGGGAAUGGCACCAAAGGCAGAUUGUACAGAACCCUCAUUUUCCGGUUGUUUUCUGCCUUUCCUCCCAGAAGCUCAAGGCAGUGUAGGUGGCCCUCCUGCAAGCCACUUCUUUGUUUCCUCACAACGCUCCCGUGAGGGAGAGCUGCCAACAUGCCUACCCAAUGAGCUAUGUGGGGAUUUGAAUUCUGGUCUCUCAGGUCCUAGUCCCUAGUUCAGCUGCUACACCACACUGGCUCUCUUUGAAAGCAGCAUGAGGGAGCUGCAGAGAUAUUGGAGGAGCUGCUCCACCCGCUCCCCAGAUAUCUGUGGGGCAAGCCAUAUUAGUCCCAUAUCAAGUCACUGCCCCAAACAGCCACGUUCAGUUGAAAACUAGAGGCACUGAUUGUGGGGCCACAACUCCUUGGCCUGUCUUCCUACAUUGGGAUAAUAAUGCUGGAAUUAGGAGGCUGUGGUUCUGAGAAUUACUAAACUAUCUCUUUGGAAGUGCUUUGUACAUGCACAGAAACACUAUAGCGGCACAUAUUUUAGCUGUGGUUCUUGCCUCAAGUUGACAAACGACCCUUUAUGUCCCUGCCAUGACUCUGGCUGUUUCUGGACUGGGCAACCAGUAAGUGUGUGGAAACCGCAGACAGAUUGGUAGAAAGCGGAGAGUUUAUUUCAGGGGUUAACUGGAAAGCGGGGUGCAGCCUCUGGGUGGGGUGCUUUGCAAAUUCCUCUCAGAAUGUGACACAGGAGUGGCUGGAUUUGCUGCGUGCUUUAGGAGUGCCUGUUCCUCUUCACUCGUGCUGUUUUAUUUUGGUAACUAAUAAACUAACAUACGAAGACGCUGCAGCUUAGAUGCUCCCUCAUCCCAAAGAAACUCGGGCUGCCAUCCUAAACACAAGACCAAGUCCCUUUGAACUCAGCAGGGCUUAAUUUCUGAGCCAACCUGCCGGGUCUUUCUGGGCCUAAGCCAGGGGUCAGCAAACUUUUUCAGCAGGGGUCCGGUCCACUGUCCCUCAGACCUUGUGGGGGGCCGGACUAUAUUUUGAAGGGAAAAAAAUUAACGAAUUCCCAUGCCCCACAAAUAACCCAGAGAUGCAUUUUAAAUAAAAGGACACAUUCUACUCAUGUAAAAACACGCUGAUUUCUGGACUGUCCGUGGGCUGGAUUGAGAAGGUAAUUGGGCCAGAUCUGGGCCCCGGGCCUUAGUUUGCCUACCCAUGACCUAAGCCAACAUGCAGACUGCUUAGCACAGGGGUAGCCAACAUGGGGCUCUCUGACUCCCAUCAGCCCCAGUUGUGAUAACAGCAACUUCUUUUUCUUCUUCUUCUGAAUAUAUAUAACACCCUAUACCUGGAGGUCUCUGUGUGGUUCACAGAAAAGAUCACAGUAUAUAAAAUCAAAAUAAAAACAAUAAUGCACUAACACCCCCCACAAAAGAGCCUCAUUUUAAAAGGGUAUAGGUCAACCAAAGGCCUGGUUAAAAUGGAACAUUUUUGCCUGUGGCCUAAAGGUGUGUAAUGAAGGUGCUAGGCGAACUCUCCUUGGAAGAGCAUUCCACAGACUGGGAGCCACUGCAGAGAAGGCCCGUUCUUGUGUUGCCACCCUCCGGACCUCUCAAGGAGGAGGCACACAAAGGGGGGCCUCAGAAGGUGAUCUCAGAGUCUGGUUAGGUCCAUAUGGAAAGAGGCGGUCCUUGAGGUAUUGCGGUCCUGAGCCGUUUAAGGCUGUAUAGGACAAAACCAGCACUUUAAAUUGGGCCCGGAAACUAAUUGGCAGCCAGUGCAGUCGGACCAGGAUCGGUGUAAUAUGCUCAAACCGUCUUGCUCCGGUGAGCAACCUGGCCUCUGAAUUCUGCACUAGUUGAAGUUCCCAAACCGUCUUCAAGGCAGCCCUACGUAUAACCUUGAGGAUAACAAAGCAUAGACAAUGGUAGUUAGGCUAUCCCUGUCCAGAUAGGGGCGUAGCUGGGCCACCUGCCAAAGCUGAUGGAAGGCACUCAGGGCCACUGAGGCCACCUGAGCCUCAGCGGCUGCAAAGGAUCCAAGCUACCUCCAAGCUACGGACCUGCUCCUUCAGUGGAAGUGUUUUUUAAGGUGCCAUAUGGCAAUUAGCUUAUAUAUCUGAGUUUCUAACACUGCUCUGAGCGUGACUGGCAUUGGCACUAGCCUAUUUGGUAUCGGAUCCUAAUUCUGCAUGUGUGUGUGUCCUUUCUCCCCCCAGGUCGCCAUGGUCGAGGUGCAACUGGAGGAUUACGACUACCCCCGGGAGCUGCUGGUGGCGUUCAGCGCCUGCACGACGGUGCUGGUGGCUGUCCACCUCUUCGCCCUCAUGGUCAGCACCUGUAUCCUGCCCAACAUCGAGGCCGUCAGCAAUAUCCACAACCUCAACUCGGUCAACGAGUCCCCCCACGAACGCAUGCACCGCUACAUCGAGCUGGCCUGGGGCUUCUCCACAGCCCUGGGGAUCUUUCUCUUCCUCACCGAGGUGGUGCUGAUUUGCUGGGUCAAGUUCUUGCCCGUCGGAAGCGCCGCCUCCGCUCGGAAGUGCUGCGUCCCCGCGCCGGCCCCUUCUGGCGGCAACGCCACCGCCCCGGCCCCGACUUCGGCCUCUCCGGACAACUCCGGGUGGAACGCCGCCAUGGCUUCCACCAUCAUUAUGGUCCCGGUGGGCGUGGUCUUCAUCAUCUUCGCUUUGCAUUUCUACCGCUCGCUAGUGGGACACAAAACGGACCGGCACCAGCAGGAGCUGGAGGAACUCAACCAGAUCAAGUACCAGCUCGAUGGAGAAGCCACGGCGCUGCAGGUGGUGUGAAGCUUCUUGGCCUGGCCCACGGCUCCCGGGACGGUUGUUAUUUCCAGGAGAGGUGGGACUGCCUUGCAGACGUCCUGAUUACCGGCUUGGUUGUGGGGACUGCGAAGUCGCUGGAACUUUAUCAAAAGUGGCUGUGACCUCGCCUCUUUCUAUUUUUAUUUUUUUUUGCUUUUUUGGAAGGUGUUCGUUCCGCCCGCAACCUUUAUAACAAAAUUAUUUCGUGUCCCCCGGAAAAAAUAAAAAGGAAAUAAAAAGGUAUAUGAACGCAGAAGGAUUUCUUGAAAUGGAAAAGGAGCCGCAAACUUGAAUUCCCUGCCCAAAUUCCCGCUGCCCAAUGGAGUUUCCGGGAUGCACUAAAAUGUUUACCGAACGUGGCCUUUGAGUAAAGAGACGGCACUUUCCCCCUGGGAGAAGGGUGGUGGCUUUGCUUAUUUGGUUGCGGUUUGUUUUCUUGUGGCUUUGUUCCCUCUUGCAGUCCCCCUCAAAACCAGAGAGAGAGAAAGGUGUUACUCAAACGAGCUGGGAUUUAAAAAAAAUGGGUAGGCGGGUCUGAAUGAGUCAACCUGCCUUGCCAUUUGUCUUCCUCCUCACUCCAGGAGGAAUACCUCUAUGGCAGGGAUGGAGAACCUCUGGCCCUGGGUUCAAGUCCAGGCCUCUCUUUCUGGCCCCUGGGGGGCUCUCUGUAGGCCACUCCCCCUGUUCCCAGGCCACAUUCCUCAUUGGUCCUGCUUCCCGUCUUCCUUGAGUGUUUUUGCCUGGCUGGAAUGUGCCCUUGAAAUCUGACGACGAUUCUUCCUUUCCUGGGCAGUGAGGGCUUAAUGUGAGUGCAUGGACAGGCAUCAGCCUACUUUGUGAAAGUAGAAAUUCACAGUCUGUCCACUUUUGCCCCACGUACCACUACCAUGUAGGUCCCAGAAAGUUGGCUAGAUGGGAAUGCAACUGCAGAAACAGCGAAAUUAUUUUAGCCCACUAGUUGCUUAUAUUCCCUAUAAGUCCUCUAAACUUAAGGAACCAAUCUCUGACUGUUGGCCAUGCUGGCUGGCAGUCCUGAUAAGAGUUGGGAGCCCAAUAACAUUGGGACAGUCACACAUUUUCCAGCCCUGGCCGGACUGUUGGUUGCCACUGCUAGCCGUCCUGUUGUUUUCCAUCAGCACCACCGCAGGCUUUGUGCCUCUGAACUGGCUGGCCAAGGGCUGGACCAGCUCUGGAAGUGGGGGUUGCUAAGCAACGGCAACAUCUUCCCUUCCUCCCAGUGCUGGCAAGAAAGCUAGGUGGGGGAUGCAACCUAAUGGCAGCAGUGAGGGCUCCUAAGGUCAGAGAAAGGAUGUGGGCAGUUUUAGCAGAGUGGUGUGUGUUUUGUGUGCACAUGAAAGAAAAACACACACACUCCCCACACAUAAAUGCACACUCUGUCCCUGGUCCCAGGCAGCAAUUUCUAGAGAAACCCUGUCUUUCCAGAUAUUGAGCAAGGGAAUGUUUUCAAGAUGACUCAUUCCCUUGGGUGGUGUUGAAGACACCACGGUUCUUUUUCUCUAUAGAAGGACAGUUCAUCCUCAGCUGCUGGGCUUGAAGGGAAAUGGUAUAUUUUUGUUGGACAAGGAGGAAGCGGAUGACUUGAAGGAAUAUCUGAAGCUGAACCACCCACAGCUGCUGGUGUUCUUUUUUCUGCUUUUUUUUGGGGGGGGGUUAUCCGUUCUGUUCCUACAAAACACCCCUUGCGUACAAGCAGACAGAUCAGCGCUUUGUGUGUGACCUGUUCAUCACGAGACCCCCACAGCAAAUUAUUUAUGUGGCCCCGAAUCACAAAGUUAUCUGAAUCCUUGUGAUGGGAGCUUGUGGCCAAGGUAUUGAGCAAUCUCCUGUUCCCACCGACAUCCUGCUCCACCCAGCCUAACCUGUGAUCUUCAGAGGCCUGCUAUUAUAAUUUGGGGUGGUAGUUAAAACCUGACCUUGGUGACCCCAGUGUCAGGAGCAGGGGGCAAAUUUGGCCUAGCUUUGCAACUUUUCCCAGCAAAUUUUGAAAAACUUGGUGGCAGCCCCUGAGUUGGCCCACAUCUGCCUACAUGUGCCUUGAGUUCUCUUUGCUGGACCAGGCUAGAGGUUAGGUCUCCAACGCGGUGCCCUCAUACACCCCCUUUGCCCAAGACCUGCCUUUCCCAGUUUUUAAAAUGAGGAUUUUGUGGAGGCCUUUUUUGUUGCUAUUUGGUUGUGGGGGUGCCUUUUUUCAAAUCUGUUUUAUUUGUUGUGUGUAUGGGGGGAGGUCAGUGUUUUGCCUGUUGUUUCCGUGUGUGCGUGUAUUUCUGAUCACCAGAUCAGAUUUCUGAUUUUUUAUCUGUGAAGUGUGUGUGUGUGUGUGUGUGUGUGUGUGUGUGUGUGUAUUUGGCACCCAUGACAUUUUCUUAAAAAUCCCAGGCCCAAUGAGGUCUGAUAACCCUGCACUAGAUUAGGACGCAACUUGUUUUUAUAGGCGGGAUAUUUAAAGCGAGACAUCGCCUGAUAUGCGUUCUUAAAAACAAACAAGGAAGUAAAGCAGCUGCAAGUCGCUUCUGGUUGAGCUAAGGAACUGCUGUUUCCUCCUCGGAUGUUCAUCUGCUCAAAAUCAGUCUUCCUGCCAUCUGUUCCCCUCCCCUCGCAAUGACUUAAAGAGAGAUACAGGGACCUACAGGAAAAGUAGCUUUUGUGAGUGGGGGAGAGUCAAGAGUUUUUGAAUGGGCAAAGGAGGACUUUUUUAAACACCCUUUCCUCCUGUGUUCUCUACUCACCGUUGCAGAUGUUUUAUUUGCUUAAUAAAAUGCCUUUUGGGUGCGAGGGUGGGGGCACACAUCCCUAGUUAAAAGCCGAUUCACAUUUCUAGUGAGCCGCUAAAGUUGUCGCUGAUGACUUAGCAAAGAAGAAAAGGACUGAUGGCAGUCCAGGAUGUUGCUGAUCAUUUCCUGGCGCACAAUGUUUAUUUUAUUUAUGUAUUUAUUUUACAAGGCUUAUACACCGCUUGACUGUAAUAAGACCUCAAAGCAGUUUGCAAGAAAGAAUAAAACAUUAUUAGCGAACAGCGGUUAAAAACGACUAUUAAAGCAUUCAAAAAUAAUUAGCAAUUAACAGGAAGCUAAAAACCAGAUUAAAACACCUGCUAAUAUUACUACAUGUCUGGAGAGACUUGCCUAAUCAGAAAUGCCUAAUAUUCAGCACAGUAACGAGUGUUAAUAAUAGGCUAUUUGGGGGGACGGACAGACUGUAUAAACCCUGGCUGGCCAAUGCGGUACCCUCUUUCUUAGACUCCAGCUCCCAUCAGCCCCAGCCAACAUGCCUAAUGGUCAUGAAAUGAUGGGAAUUGGAGUCCCAAUAACCAUGGCCGGUGUUAAAAGCUUGCUAUGAGCCACACCAGUUCAGGAGCUUGUAUGCCUCAAGACAGACAUUGCCUUGGCUUUUAAGCAUCGUUUUCCCUAUAAGGAGCAAUUGUUUAAUUUGCAUACUUAGCCACAUGAGGCUGGGGGGGGGGUUCACACAUGGGGACAGAACACGCUGUAUGUCUCAGUCUGCACUUGACCAUGUAUUUCUGUUCUGCUCUCUCCUUGGUGGAGCAAGGGAGACCAAUUUCUGGCACUUUUUAUUCUGUAUAUUUUUAAAAUGAAAAAUAAAUCUUUUUUAUGGGGGAAAAAAAAAGCAAAAGUUGUCCAAGUUAACUUUAUGGGAACUAUAGAUUGUGAGCCACAAUUGGCCAUUUUUAAUUUUCUUCGUUUGUAUAUAUGUGUGUGUGUUUUGUUCUUCUAAGGAAGUGUGCAACAUUUAUUUCAAGCUGCUCUUCGGCACCAUAUAUGUACUAUUUCAGAAGGCAGACAUGUGUAAAUAUUCUUUUCCCCAAAAUAACAUAUAUACAAGAACAUAACCCUGCAGGUUGAAAGCUAAGACAGAAAGGGAUUUCCCAACCUAGCCUUCAGCCUGGCCUUCUAUAUGCAGGGAUUUUUGUUACCUGUGGGAGCAUUUGCCUGGCAAGUUGGCCCAAUGGCUCUGUUGAGCUGAGAUACCAACUUAAUGUUCAACCUCAGUGACACUUCUACUCACAAAACAGCCACUAGUUGGAGGCAUAAAAUGCUUGUUCAGCACUGUUGGUGCUACUCAAAGUUAAGUAGCACAGUGGUACCUCGGAUUACAAACGCUUCAGGUUACAGGCUCCGCUAACCCAGAAAUAGGACCUCGGAUGAAGAACUUUGCUUCAGGAUGAGAACAGAAAUCGCGGCGUGGUGGCGGCAGCGGGAAGCCCCAUUAGCUAAAGUGGUGCUUCAGGUUAAGAACAGUUUCAGGUUAAGAACGGACCUCCGGAAUGAAUUAAGCAUUUAACCCGAGGUACCACUGUACUAAAAUUACUGCUUGCAACGAACAACUGUUGUUCUUAAGGUAGGUGCAAGCACACCCGUGGUAGGAAUGCUCCCUGCCGAGUUUUGCUCGGAGCAGGUUCUGGACUCUGUUUUUAGAGUUUGUUAUCCAAUUGUGUAUUUGCUCAAAUGGUUUUUGGACCAGUUUUCUGUUUGGCAUAGUGAAUGCUAGCAUUAUGCUCAAAACAGGUCUAAUCAUAUCUGAUCAGGAGCUGUGUGCAACUCAGAUACUUGCAUAUCUAAAUAUUUACCUACUGCAUGUGUGCAACCCGUUGUUCUUAAGAAAUCAACAAAAUUUUAAAAUACCGCUAUAUGGUUUCCUCUCUCUCAGCUGUCUUCUUGAAGUAUGUGUUAAGCUAACCAGUGGUUGUCUGACUUUCCAUUUAUUUUUUUGAACCUAAGUUCUCUCUUCUUCUUCUUCUUUUAUUUGCUCAAAGUGCUGUGUAAUGCUGUGUGGUUUUGUUUUUUAAAAAAUAUGUCCUAAUCUGUUAAUGUUUUCCCCACGUUUCCUGCCAUUGCCGUUCCAGCCCACUUCUCCUUUCUCUUAACGUUUUGACUCUCUUCUACAGAAAUCACUCCGGAUCUGUACAGAACAG